AUGACGGAAGCCCCUUGUGCUACUCCACUGAUCUGUAGCUUUGGAAGGCCGGUGGACCUGGAGAAGGAUGACUACCAGAAGGUUAUAUGCAACAACGAGCAUUGUCCGUACAGCACCUGGAUGCACCUUCAGUGCUUCUACGAGUGGGAAAGCAGCAUUCUCGUCCAGUUCAAUUGCAUUGGCAGAGCCAGGAGCUGGAACGAAAAGCAGUGUCGCCAAAACAUGUGGACAAAGAAAGGAUAUGACCUGGCUUUUCGCUUUUGCUCCUGUCGGUGUGGGCAGGGUCAUUUAAAGAAGGACACUGACUGGUACCAGGUGAAGCGAAUGCAGGAUGAUAAGAAGAAAAAAUCAGUGUUAGAGAAGAGCACGGGAAGGUCCACGUCAGAGUCAGCAGAGGAGGCCAAAAAGGGCAGGCCGACCAACAAGCCGCAGAAAGGCUUGAGUCAUGACCUCCAGCGAAGGCACUCGAUGGACAGGCAGAACUCCCAGGAGAAGGGCGUCAUGGGCGGCAGCUACGCAGUUCGUUCGCCUUGUGUCUCUCCCGGCCAGUCCCCGCCCACCGGCUACUCUAUUCUUGCCCCCACGCAUUUCAGUGGCCCUCGUUCCUCGCGAUACUUAGGAGAGUUUUUGAAGAACGCCAUUCACCUGGAGCCCCAUAAGAAGAACAUGGCUGGUGGGGGCAUGUUCAGGAACGCGCAUUUUGAUUACGGGGCAGCUGGUUUGCAAGCACAUAGAUCAGGACACUUCGAUGCCCCUGUGCAGUUUCUGAGAAGGCUCGAUCUAUCUGAGCUGCUGACUCACAUCCCCAGGCAUAAAUUGAAUACUUUCCAUGUGCGGAUGGAAGACGAUGCCCAGGUGGGCCAAGGGGAGGACCUUCGGAAGUUUAUCCUUGCUGCUCUUAGUGCCAGCCACAGGAACGUUGUAAACUGUGCGCUAUGCCACAGGGCGCUGCCAGUGUUUGAACAGUUUCCGCUGGUGGAUGGGACCCUGUUCCUUAGCCCAUCGAGACACGAUGAGAUUGAAUAUGAUGUUCCCUGUCACCUUCAAGGAAGGCUUAUGCACCUCUAUGCUGUUUGUGUAGACUGCUUAGAAGGGGUUCACAAAAUUAUCUGCAUUAAGUGCAAGUCCCGAUGGGAUGGAAGCUGGCAUCAGCUGGGAACUAUGUAUACCUACGAUAUUCUGGCAGCAUCUCCCUGUUGUCAGGCUCGACUGAACUGGCUGAGGCUUUGCUGCCUGCUGCGGACUGGUGUGACUGGUGUGGAAGGAGGACCAUGAAGUGGGAUCUGGGCCGUCAGACCUGUAAGAGCUGAGAGGUAACCGAGGACAAACAUGUUGUUUUAAGGCCACUGGUGAGAAAACCCCUCAAAAAUAUACUUGUCCGUAACGGUUUCUUGUUGAGACAUUCUUGGAUUGCACUUUUGCAGAUGGAAGAAUAUGUACAUAGCAAAUGAAUGUUGAUGAAAUUAAAAUAAUUGGUUAUGAUAUCAUUUGCGUGUGUUGUUAGAGAAUAUUUUGUUGUGACUUCUCUGUAUUAAAAAGUAAUAAAUACCAGACAGCU